AUUUAAAUUUUAAUACAAAUUCAAAUUAAGUGAAAAAAUAAAAAUACCCCUGAUUCCGGCAAAUUAAAAAAAUGUGAAAACAUAAUGUUAGGGACUACGAUAUUGAAAUGUAAUGUUAGGGACGUAAAUUUAAGUAAGUGCAUAUGUAAGGAACUAUUUGGACAUUUUACUCUAAUGUCAACGUUCUCAAACAUAUGUGAUAGAAAGAAUGAUCAAAUUCAACACAAGAAAAGUCUCCUAGAUGAAUUGAAACAAAUAAUAACUCUAUUUUCGUGAGAGUGAAGGGCCUAUUCCAUUCAGUAAUAUUGAAGGCGUAAAAAAUACUCUUUGUUUUACAAGAAAAGAAAAAGAAGCAGCCAAAGUUAACGGAACGUGAAGGACCUAUUCUAUUCAGAUAGAGAGGCAGUGAGUUAUUUUAGGAUAAAGGAAUUAAGUGUUGAACAAGUGCAAUGGAAAGGCGAGAAUGUGGGGGAUAUUGUGAACUUUCAACCAAGAGAUUUUGGAACGGAUUUGUUUUAGCACUUGGUUAACUCUUCCUAUAAAAGGCAUUGGUUAUGGGAUUGGAGGAAAAACAGUCCAAGCUCUUUGCUGGAAGAAGAAACAUCCCCCUUCUUCUUCUUCUUCUUCCUAAAAAUACAACCAAAAAAAAAAAAAAAACCAAAAAAAAUAGAUCCUCUAUAGAGUAUAUUUAUAAUAUAAAAAAAAAGGAGGUGCAGAGGCCAUGGGAAGGGUUACCUUGGUGGCUUUGUUGCUCUGCCUGACAGCUGGGGCACUGCUGGUGCAGGCUGAAGAUCCUUACCUUUUCUUUGAAUGGAAAGUCACCUAUGGCACCGUUGCUCCAUUGGGUGUUCCUCAACAGGGGAUCCUCAUCAAUGGUCAAUUCCCAGGGCCUAGGAUUAAUUGCACUUCCAACAACAACAUUGUGGUCAAUGUCUUCAACCAACUAGACGAGCCAUUCCUCUUGACCUGGGCUGGUGUUCAACAGAGGAAGAACUCAUGGCAGGAUGGUACUUUAGGAACCAUGUGCCCCAUUCAGCCUGGAAAGAACUUCACCUACCAUUUCCAGGUCAAGGACCAGAUUGGUACCUAUCUCUACUUCCCAACCACAGGGUUGCACAAGGCAGCUGGUGGGAUCGGUACACUCAACGUCCACAGCCGUGAUCUCAUCCCUGUGCCAUUCGACAGGCCCGCAGAUGAGUUCAACGUGGUGCUGGGUGAUUGGUACAACAAGGGGCACAAGUCGUUGAAGAGGUUGUUGGAUUCGGGUAGGACCAUCGGAAGGCCUGAUGGCAUCCAGAUCAAUGGAAAAUCUGCCAAGGUGGGUGACAAAGUGGAGCCCCUUGUCACCAUGGAGACUGGAAAGACCUACAGAUACAGGGUGUGUAACGCGGGGAUGAAGACCUCAGUCAACUUCAGGGUACAGGGACACAUCAUGAAGCUGGUGGAGCUGGAAGGCUCACACACCGUCCAAAAUACCUACGACUCACUUGAUCUGCACGUCGGACAAUGCCUGUCGGUGUUGGUGACAGCUGACCAAGAGCCAAAGGAUUACUACCUAGUGGUAUCCAGCAGGUUCACCAAGAAGGUGCUCUCCUCGGUGGCAAUCAUCAGAUACAGCAACGGGAAGGCAGGUUCAGCAUCUCCCGCGAUACCACCACCACCACCGGAGAACUCUCAGGGAAUUGCCUGGUCCAUGAACCAAUUCAGGUCAUUCAGAUGGAACCUGACAGCCAGCGCAGCUCGCCCCAACCCUCAAGGGUCUUACCACUAUGGCCAGAUCAACAUCACCAGGACCAUCAAGAUUGUCAACUCCGCGGGCCAGGUCGGGGGAAAGCUGCGGUACGCAAUCAACGGGAUCUCCCACGAAGACAAGGAAACCCCAUUGAAGCUUGCAGAGUACUUUGGUGUAUCCGAAAAGGUAUUCCAGUACAACCUGGUGAAGGACGAGGCGCCCGCAUCCGCAGCAGUCACCGUGGCCCCAAGCGUAGUGAAUGCAACCUUCCGCAACUUCGUGGAGAUCAUCUUCGAGAACCGGGAGAAGACCAUUCAGACAUGGAAUCUAGAUGGGUACUCCUUCUUUGCAGUGGCCAUUGAACCAGGGAGGUGGAGCCCGGAGAAGAGGAAGAACUACAACCUGCUGGACGCGGUGAGCAGGCACAAUAUCCACGUCUACCCUGGGUCAUGGGCAGCUGUGAUGACAACACUUGACAACGCCGGGAUGUGGAACUUGAGAUCAGAAAUGAGGGAGAGAGCCUACCUAGGACAACAGCUCUACUUCAGCGUUCUAUCCCCUGAACGAUCCUUGAGAGAUGAGUACAAUCUUCCUGACAACCACCCAUUGUGCGGUGGCCUUGUCGAGAAGUUGCCUUUGCCUCCUCCUUACAUUGCUAAUUAAAUUAACACAACCCCGUCCCGUCCAUCCAUUCCCAAUUUAACAAUUUCACGCACGGAAAAACAGAGAUAGUGUCAAGAAGACAUACAAUACCGGGAGUAAAAACAUUAUUUAGUUGAGGGGAUGGAACAGAAGAGCUUGGCAAAUAAAGUCCAUGUAUCAACACUGGCCUCAAAUAAAUUUUUUUUACUUUUUAUUUCUUUUUUGUAUUUGCCUCAUCAUCUCUAUCCUUCUCUCUUUUAUUCUUUCAUCUGUACAAUGUUUUUCUUCUUUGUUUUAAUUAAACUUCUUUAAUAAUUAGUUAACAUUAAUCAAGCACCUAAUGUACCAACCUCUUGCUCUACAAACACAAACAACCACAAAUAAACUUGAACAUUUGAAACACCUUCUUUAUUUUAAAAAAUGUACUCUCUCUCUCUCUCUCUCUCUCUCAUUUUUUUGAAAUACAUUUUAUAAGUGUGUAAUUGAAUUACCACGUAACCAUUGUUGGAAAGGAAAGGAAGUUUUGAA